AUGAGUCCUUUCGAAGAUCCAUUACCUGAUUAUAUGAACUUAUUGGGCAUGAUUUUUAGUAUGUGUGGCCUUAUGUUAAAGAUGAAAUGGGCUGCCUGGGCUUCCAUCUACUGUGCUUUCAUAAGCUUUGCCAAUGCUCGAGCGUCAGAUGAUGCUAAACAAUUGUUUAGUAGCUUCCUGUUAUCUGUUUCAUCUGUGGUAAUGUCUUAUCUACAGAAUCCUCAGCCAAUGGGCAAUUUAUUUACCUAA